CAACCCCACAGCCGUGUCCCCUGAAGCACUGAAGCAGUGAGAGGAAGAUGGGUGGUGAUGGAUCCAGGGAGUUCAAGCCUGAUCAUGAUGAGGAUGCAUAUGCUUCUUCAAAAAUAAAGGUAGUGCGAGAUGCAUCCAAAGAUCUCAAGCGUCAGGCUAUAGUUGCAGCUUUUCCUGUUGCAAAGAUGGCAAAGCCUAUUAAGCUUGCGGGGGCUGAUCGGGCGGCUUCGUGUCUUGCUGGCCCGGCAAUAUCCGAUCUCCAGGGGCGGGUUGCCCCUGUCGUGGCGUCCCGGUGGUGGGGGAGGCUUCGUGGUAGUGGUGGGCCCCUUCUUCCUUCUCCUCUUCUCUGGCGGCUGGGAUGGGCGAGGGAGCGCAACGGGUGGAUUCCACUGUUGGUUGCGAGCGUUUAUGUUUUUUAGAUGCGUACUUCGGGUACCACCAGAUCUGAAUGUAUGGUCCUGAUGAAAUAAAAACUGCAUUCAUCACCCCUUUCGGGUGCUUUUGCUAUAUCAUGAUGUCAUUCGGACUUAAGAAUGCAGCCGCAAGUUUUCAGCGCAUGAUCCAAAAG